GGGACCUGGUUCCCGGUGGCGGGGAUUUGCUAACCGAGAAGGAGCAUGGGGACCCCUACGGACGCCGCGACCCGUCCCGUGGGCGCGGGGGCGCUUGAAGGCGUGGAGAUCCCGCCGGGCUUGCAGACCGACUACGAGGCGCUGCUCAGCCGCUUCCAAGAGAUGGACAGCGUGCGCUUCGAGGACUUCGCGGAGAUCUGGCGCAGCAUGAAGUUCGCGACCAUCUUCUGCGGCAAGAUGAGGAACCUGAAAAAGAACCUGUUUACAAAAGAGGCUUUAGCUCUGGCCUGGCGCUACUUUUUGCCUCCACACACCUUCCAGAUCAGAGUUGGUGCUUUGUAUCUUCUGUACGGGUUGUACAACACGCAGCUGUGCCAGCCAAAACAAAAGAUCAGAGUUGCCCUGAAGGACUGGGAUGACGUUACUAGAUUUCAGCAAGACUUGAUAAACGCACAGCAUUUCGAUGCAGCUUUUGUUUUCAGGAAGCUUCGGCUAGACAGAGCCUUCCACUUCACAGCAAUGCCCAAGCUGCUUUCAUGUAGAAUGAAGAAAAAAAUGCAAAAAACUGAAGUGACACAAAAAUUUAAGGACCCAAAUGAUCGUGUGAUGAAACUUAUCACUUCUGAUGUAUUGGAGGAAAUGCUGAAUGUUCACGAUCAUUAUCAAAAUAUGAAGCAUGCUAUUUCAGCUGAUAAGACCAUGCCAGACAAAGCUCUCAGCCUGGUAAAGGAGGAUUUUUUUGACAACAUUAAGAACAUAGUUUUGGAGCAUCAACAGUGGCACAAAGACAGGAAGAAUCCGUCCUUAAAACCUAAACUUAAAGAUGGAGAAGAAGAAAGCGAAGGCACUUCCCAGGAGCCGGAGAGAUGUGAAAGAGCAGAGUCUUUAGCAAAAAUAAAAGCAAAAGCCUUUUCUGCUGUUGCUCAGGUGUCCAAGUCCAGGAGGCAUCGCCAAGCCAAGCUCGACUCCUCUGACUCUGAUUCUGGGUCUGGACAAGGGCAAGGCAAAGCAGCUAAGAAAAAAAGAACCAGAGAGACAGCAGAACCAGCAGGAAAGAAGAGGGCUUCCAAAAGCAGAGGUAAUGUUCAGAAUGACCAGAAGGAAGAGAAGUCUUUACGCCUGAGUAUGCCCAUAAUUGCGGAAGAGGAGACUGACGACUUCAGCGAAGCAGAGUUCACCAUUCCCAAAAAGAAAAGAAAGCGCUGACCAGGAACCUGGUGGAGUGUAGCUUCUGAGCUUCCUGACAGAAGCGCAGGUUUGAUUUUGUUGUGAGCAAGAGGCUGGCCAGCGAGGACUGACGUUGAGAACGAGGUCGUUUCUGUGAGAUGGGAGAGCCCACGUCAGUCAGGAGCUGGAGUAGGCGCUGACUCUGAAGCUGUGUAACGUUUCUGUUCAGCGUCUGUGUGGAUGGAGAUAAAGUCUGCAUUCAGGCUGUGACAAAAAGCUGUGCGCUAGCUCCCGAAAGUUCUGUGGCUUCACCUUCCUGUGGCACUGUAAUGUUUACUACUCUAGUUUUCAGUUUCUUAAAAUACUAUUUAUAUAUAAGUGACUCGUACCUGUCGUCUCGCAAUGGACUGGGCUGUGGUUU